CUCCAGCUCCAGCCAAUGAGAGGAGGGUUCCCGCGUGACGUCAGGGGUCCGGGAUGUAAUAUAAAGGCGGGCGCGGCGCUUGAGGUCUCCACUACGAGGCUCAGUGAGUUUGUGUUCGCAGUGCUCCGACAGACGCCGCCCAGAAGCUCCCCGUUCAAGAUGUCAAGCACGAGCUGGUGUGGACGCGUGGGCCUGGUGACAGCUGGUGGCCUGCUCCUUCUCCUCCUCCUGGCGGCGCACGCUCAAGCCGGGCCCGUCGUUAAAAGGGAUGUGGACAGUCUAUUCGACGGGAAGAUGAAGCGCCCCUUCUGCAACGCCUUCACAGGGUGCGGUAAGAAGCGGUCUGACCCGGAGCUGGACGGCCUGGCUUCCGGCUCGGAGCUCAACGGCCUGGCUAAACACGUGCUGGCCGAGGCCAAGUUAUGGGAGCAGCUCCAGAACAAGAUGGAAGCCCUGCGUCUCCUCAACUCUCGCCUGGACAGCCGCCCCAUGUUGAGAAGGAAGCGAUCCCUCAGCCAGCCGGAGCACGCAAACCCCGACGCCGCCCUCGACGACAAGGCAAGUGUGUGGCUGGGCGGUUGUUACACUACCGAGGUGGCGGUUCAGUGGUAACACAACAACAACACG